CCACGCACGUCAUUUUCCCUUCUUUUUAACUCCAUUAAAAAUUUACGAGUACUCUUUCCUCCUCCUCCUCUUCUACCUCCUGAAUCCCUUCCAUGUCACUUUUCCUUCUCUACUUUACUUUCCCUCUUUCUAAGUUGGCUUAGCUAUCCCACCAAAUACCUAAUCCCCCCAAAAAAAUCUAACCUUUCUUACAAGUACACAAUUCCUUUUCUGUCUUUGUGGUAACUGAGAAGAUGGAAGUGGAGCAGUCUGGCCCUGGUAAUCGUCCGAUGACAUUCGAUGAGGCUUCCAUGGAGCGGAGCAAGAGCUUCGUCAGGGCCUUGCAGGAGAUGAAGAACUUAAGGCCUCAACUUUAUUCUGCUGCAGAAUACUGUGAAAAAUCGUAUCUUCAUAGUGAGCAGAAACAGAUGGUACUUGACAACUUGAAGGAUUAUGCUGUACGGGCCCUCGUUAAUGCUGUGGAUCACCUUGGCACUGUGGCUUCCAAGCUGACUGAUCUUCUUGAACAGCAAACCAUGGAUGUUUCCACCAUGGAGUUAAAAGUCUCUUGUAUAGAUCAGAAACUUCUUACAUGCCGAACAUUUGCGGAUAAAGAAGGUCUGAGGCAGCAGGUCUUGUUGGCAGUCAUUCCGAGGCAUCAUAAGCACUACAUUUUACCAAAUUCUGCCAAUAAGAAAGUACAUUUUGGUCCAGUUGUACAGACAGAUGCUAGGCAUACUUAUUCUCAGGGUAGAACUUCUUGUCAACCUUCAGGUGUUACUUCAACGAAACCUCUUUCGUGGCAUUUAGCCUCAGAAAGUAAGUCUACUUUGAAAGGAGCUGCAAAUGUUGUAGUAAGCACCGAUGCUCCCACAGCCGUUGGAAAAACUUCAGAGGCCUUUUGCUUGUUAGAAAAUGAUGAUAGUUUAAGGACAAUAUCAUCUGUGACACCUGGUCCUGCAUCUAGUGUGUUCAUGCAAACCUUUGGGGUAACGCACAAGGAUCAAUUAGAGGGUUCCAAACCCAUGACAGCCUUCAGGUCAUUUGAUAAUCCAAGGCGUGAGAAUGUGCAUCCCCCUGUUAGAAACAAAAGUGUGCUAUCAGCAUUCUUUGUGAAACAAAAAACACCAAAGCUGAAGGCCUGACAAACACAAAACAAUGCAUCUUUCCUCUUCAAUACAAGCUAAUGUUGCACUAGCCACUCUGUAAAUCAUAUGGAGUCCUUGUAAUUACCUCCUAUGUCUGUUCUUCAAUAGCUAUUCCCUGUGUCAGUACACACAUAAGUCAAGAUCAAUUCUUUUCUACUCAGUUCCUCUUAUUCGAGUUCUUAAUAAUGAGCAGAUCUGGGCGUACAAUACCUUGUAAUAAAUAUGGGCAAAGAUUCUUUGCUCGCGGAUGCUGAUUACUUCUUGAGUCUUGAUCAAUUAUCGCAUAAUUCAUCUAUUGCAAAUCAUCCCAAGUUUAUCACUGUGAUGCUUAUCUAUUGUUGAUGUAUUCACUAAAUGCAUAUGUAUGGU